AGAGAAGAACUGGAAAGGUCGUCGUCGUCUUAGUCGUCGUAAUGUCGUCGUAGUAGUCGUAGCGUCGUCGUAGUCGUCGUCGUUUACUGCGAUGUUAGCGAUCUCGCGGAAUUCGGCGACUGAACGGAAGGAGAACCUGGAUGGAGAGGAUGGCGGCCAUUUGUCAUCGUCAGCGUCGCGACGUCGUGACACCCGACAGUGAACACUGCUAAACCAAUUAAAACUAUGUCGUCCUCGAAGAGAGACAGAGAGUAAGAGAAAGAGAGAUAGAGAUAAAGUGAGAAAGAGAGACAGACAGACAGACGGACAGAGAGAGAGAGAGAGAGGGAGAGGGAGAGAGAGAGAAUGUAGCGCGCAUGUCGAAGGGUGAGAACGAAAGAGAAAGAGGGUGCUGGUUUAACUUCAACGUUCAAAACCAAAGGCCAAAGUGUAAUAGGCACGAGGAAGAUGGAAAGAGAGGAUAAGGGUAAGCGUGAGAGGGAGAAGGAGAAAAGUCACAGGAACAGGAAGAGGAUAGGAAACGUAAACCAGUCCAGUCGGCAGAAACGACGGGUCCUAAAUUAUGCUUGGCUCGAUAAUUUAUGCUUUCUCCUUUAAACCUUCUCUACGAUCUCAGCGAAUCGAACGAUGCUCGGUAGCUUAAUGGAUUUCUGUACCUUCGAUGUAUUUCCUUUUUAAUAUCGAUACUUAUCGCUGAUGAAAUUUGCAGUAGCUCUGAUUGCAAUUUUGGCUAUGGCCAAUGCCUGGACAGUACCUAAUCUUGGCAAAGGUGAGCUUUACAAGGAUCUACAAGAGUUCGUAGAUUUGAUCCCCGACGAAAAAAUCCAGAAGCUUCUUUUGCAGUAUGCCGCUGAAGAUGCUGAAAUACAAAGAGGCUUGACAUAUGUGAAGUCCAAUGAGUUCAAAUCAUUGGUUAAACAAGUCGAUGCCAUGCCUGAUUAUAUCAACCUGUUGAACUAUAUAUAUGACGCUGGUGUCGACAUUUACUAUCUUGUAAACCUUCUCCACGAUUACAUGGAAAUUCCUAAAUUGAUACCACCACAAGGCUUUUCCGAGUACGGUAUCACUGGUGGAUACAAGGGUCUCAUCGAGGAUGUCAAGAAAUUCAUGCCUGAAGACAAAAUUAAGGCUCUUUACUAUCAAAAACUUCAAACCUCUCCAUUCUUCAAAGAACUCAUCGAUCAUUUCAAAUCAUCCGAAUUCAAAAAACUCGUUCACACCAUAUAUACUAAUCCCCAACUCCAAUACAUAGUUAAAAGGGCCAAGGAAUCUGGUUUUGAUCUCGAAAGCGUAAGAAAAUUCUUCCACGUCAUUCUUGGCAUCGACUUUAUGAAAUUCGCAAUAGCUCUUGUUGCAAUUUUGGCUACGGCCAAUGCCUGGACAGUACCUAAUCUUGGCAAAGGUGAGCUUUACAAGGAUCUACAAGAGUUUGUAGAUUUGAUUCCUGUCGAUAAAGUGACCGAGCUUGUUAAGCAAUAUAUCGCCGAAGAUGCUGAAGUAAAGAGAGGUGUGGCAUAUACGAAGACCGAAGAGUUCAAAACAUUGGUUCAAGAAAUCGAGGCCAUACCUGAAUAUAUUAAGCUAUUGAAUUGCAUAUAUGAAGCUGGUGUCGACUCUUAUUACCUUGUAAAUCGUCUCCACAAAUAUCUUGGACUUCCUGAAUUGACACCACCAAAAAGCUUUUCCGAGUAUGGAAUCACCGGUGGAUACAAAGGUCUCAUCGAAGACGUCAAGGCACUCAUUCCCAAAGAAAAAAUCAAGGCUCUUUACCAUCAAAAACUCCAAACCUCUCCGGCCUUCAAACAAUUCAUCGAACAUCUCUCUUCUCCCGAUUUCCAGAAAGUUGUUAAUAACGUCUAUACUAACCCCCGUUUCCAAUACAUUCUAAACAAGGCCAAGCAAGCUGGUCUUGAUCUCCAACGUAUAAAAGAAUUUCUUCAAACCGUUCUUGGCAUCACCGUUCCGAUGAAAUUGGCAGUAGUUUUGGUUGCCACUUUGGCUGUGGCCAAUGCCUGGGCAGUACCUAAUUAUGAAAAUAGCGAACUUAAAAAGGAUCUACAAGAGUUCGUAGAUUUGGUACCUGUUAAAGAAAUCAAGAAGGUUAUUUUGGAAUAUGCCGCCGAAGAUGCUGAAGUUAUGCAAGGUUUGGCGUAUGCGAAAUCCGAGGAGUUCAAAUCAAUGGUUAGAAAAGUCAAUGCCAUGCCUGAGUAUAUCGACCUGUUGAACUACAUAUAUAGAGCUGGUGUCGACAUUUAUUACUAUGUAAACCUUAUCCUCAAAUGCUUUGGAAUUUUUCCAUUGGAACCAUCAAAGAACUUUUCCGAAUACGGUAUCACCGGUGGAUACAAGGGUCUCCUCGAAGAUGUUAAGAAAUUAAUUCCCAUAGACAAAAUCAAGGCUCUUUACAAUCAAAAACUCCAAACGUCUCCGGCCUUCAAAGAAUUCAUGAAUCAUUUGAACUCUCCCGAAGUCAAGAAACUUUAUGAUGCUGUCUAUAAUGACCCCAGUCUGAAACAUAUGGUCAUCGUAGCCAAGCAAGCUGGUCUUGAUUGCGAACAAAUCGUAGAAUUGAUUAUGUUACUUUGUUCCAGCUGUAUUUGGUUCUAGAACUAUUAGAAACCUAUAUGGAAAUGAUCAAUUUAAUAUUAUAUUUUGCAUCGUUUAAUUUUCUCAUGUUAAAAACUAUUAGAGAAUCUUGACGAUCUAAGAUCUAUACGACUCGGCUGAUAUAUUUAAUGAUUCGAUUUUUUACUUAUUCUUCCCUAGGAAACCAAAACCAAUAAAGUUUUCAAUUUUUCAUCAGAUAACGUUAUUUUGUGAUCCUUUCCUUUCACAUUUUUAGGCUUUAUCGAUCGAAAAUUUCUU